AUGAACCGCAGCGACCGAUGUGCUCAGCGCCGUCUGCCUCGCGUGUGCUCGCGUGACCAAUACGUUCACGCAACGUUGUUCGCCUGGCUGCGAAUUGGCCUACACGACGUAUGCUCGUGGGCCGGCUGGGCCAGCGAUGUUAUCCGCGAGACAGGCACGGACACGGGCACGGAUAGAUUAGCGAUGGCGACGUGCAGACAGCCGUGUCGCUCUCGGAAUGAGGGGGCAACGCGCGACGGGGGCCCGCAUCAACCUCAGCAGUGCGUGAUACCAGACCACAAUUGUUCGCCUCCCAAGCAAGGGAUCGCACUGCUGACGAUCGUGCUUCGCUGCGCCGCAGCAGCAGCAGCAGCAGCAGCAGCAGCAGGAGCAGGCGUGUGUGGAGGGUGUGGUGUCUUCAACGUACUGUGCGGCGGCGCGGCGCGCGGAAUGCAGACGUUCUGUGUAUCUCCGCGACCAGGUGCUCGGCGUCAACGCUGCUACGGUCGCUGUUGCUGUUGCUAUUGCUGUUCCUGGCAACCCAUAGAUAGCAUAGCAUGCUCUUGCUCCUCCCGGCUGCCUCCCGUGUGGAUCCUCUCUGCCUGGACUGAUGAUUGCCCGCCUGUCCGCUUGUUCGCGUCGUCGUCUCUUCCCAAAGCUGGCGUCCACGCUCGUGCUGCCGGUAACGAGCAAUGUGCCGCUUUCACACGUCUACGCCCACGGCCUGCCUUGGCUCGCGGGAUUCCCGGCUGUGCGGCGGCGCAGGCCUGGCUCUCUGUCUGCUCGGUAGGUGUAUGGCGCAAGGCUCGCGGUGCGUGCAACGAUAUGGUCGACGCGAAGGGUGAGGAAGAGAGCGGAAAAGAACAGUGGUUGUCUGGCAAAUGGCUGCAUCAGCAUGCACGAGAGCGCGACGCCAUGCGCAAGGAUGCGCAGCUGCAUCCAGCGUUCAUUCCUGCUGCGGGCCGGGGCAAGGACAAGUCGAGCCUGUCGAGCAGACGAGGCCAACAGGCACAGCGUGUCUCUGCCAACGCCGCCAGUGCAGCAUCCGAUCCUUCGGCACAGCACCACCAGGACCACCACCAAGCUCAGCACGCAUAUUCUCGGCGGGUGGCUGGCUCGGGCUGCAGCGCGCGUGCUACCCAGGGCCACCAACCGCAGAUUUACUUCUCAUGCAUAUCAUCACGGCUUGAUGACGGCCACCGUGCUGCAGGCUGCAGCCUGGUGACCAGCACGAAGACGUUGAAUUGGAUCGCCUACACUGCGGACAUGUGCAUGGUUGGAAACCCCUUGCAGCCCCACCUCUUGACCUCUGAUAAUGGGCCAUUCUCAGAAAAUUCGCAAUGCCCGCGUUUCAAGCAAAAGCCAAUCUACACCGAGUCGUCGUUUGCAUCGACUUUUCCGCGAUCCCACAUAAUUCAUGUCAUGCACCGAAGAGCCUCAAACGCCUGGCUCGAGAACAAUGCCUUGACCGGUGGACACUGCAGGAAAUCAAUAGCGGCCAACCACAUGAGCCUGUUCUUAUCGCCAAGGGAGGAUUGGAUUACAGGUGAGUAUACAUUGUUUCAUGACUUGGGAUUUUCUCUGCCAGCUCAUACAGCCAUGAGGCAAAAUGCUGUGCUCACUGUACAUCAACGCUGGUCAGAAAGCUUUUCAUCGAUCAUUUCUAACACCGUCUGCUGUAUACAUGUCUCCAGAACGCCUCGCCUGCUUUCGAAAAACAAGAUGUAAAACAAGAAAUCUAGCCCAUAAAAACCAUCAUGCAAAGAACCUAGGCCAUUUCUUCUGCAGACGUUAUCGCGUUCCUGCAACGUUCUCCUCCUCAUCUGCUUCCGGCCUCUUCGAUCUCCGUCGUGAUGGUGGCCCGCCCUCGUCUUGUGUAAAGCUCGCAUCGUCUUGAAUCAUUAUCGAGCCCUCCGCACCGCUGCCAGCAGAAUCGAGCCCAGACUCCUGCUCUAGGUAUUGAUGGAAUGUG